AUGAAAGGCAGAAUCUCUGCGGAAUUCAUUCUUACCAAGAAAGCACAAUUAAAGAGCAGUACGGCGUUAGCAUUCGCCAGGGAUAGUUGCUUGAAUGAAUAUGGAGGCCUCCAGGAAGCUGUCAAAGUGUAG